CAUCCCUACGAAUCUCUAAUCUUACAGAAGAAACUGGCAUUAACGCUCUGACUGCUGUAGGUAACGUCACUGUCUCACGCUCGCCCCCAAUAGCUUGUGGCACUUCCCCUCUGGCCGAGUUACCAUAGCCGGACGUAGCGGAGUGCUCCUUGCUCUGGUCUCCUGCACCCUCAGAGGGUCCGUAGUGGCGAGUGUGUAAGCGCCACGGCACUUGCCUGUCAGCGAGGAGGACUAGCACACAGGGAGAGCCACGCCAUGAUGGAGCUGAAGAUUCAGCUGGUGCCGACGGGGGAGAUCAUACUGCCCCCAGGGAAGAACGGAGAGAGUUACUGCCACAGCUGUGCCAAGGCUGUGGGAAGCGACUGGGAGCGGGCUAUGAUGGAGAGUGCCCUGACAGCCAGGGACCGCGUGGGCGUGCAGGACUUUGUCCUGCUGGAGAACCACACCAGCGAGGUGGCCUUCAUUGAGAACCUACGCAAGCGCUUCAAAGAGAAUCUCAUCUACACAUACAUCGGUUCCGUGCUGGUGUCGGUAAACCCGUACAAAGACCUGGAGAUCUACACUAAGCAGCACAUGGAGAGAUACAGAGGUGUGAACUUCUACGAAGUUUCCCCCCACAUUUACGCAGUGUCCGAUAACGCGUACCGCUCCAUGCGGUCGGAGAAGCGGGACCAGUGUAUCCUGAUCUCAGGCGAGAGCGGCGCAGGAAAAACUGAGGCCUCCAAGAAAGUGCUGCAGUACUAUGCGGUCACCUGCCCCGCCAGUGAGCACGUGCAGACCGUGAAGGACCGCCUACUGCAGUCCAACCCUGUCCUGGAGGCGUUCGGGAACGCUAAAACGCUGCGUAAUGACAACUCUAGCCGCUUUGGGAAGUACAUGGAUGUCCAGUUUGACUUUAAGGGCGCCCCUGUCGGUGGGCACAUCCUGAACUACCUGCUGGAGAAGUCGCGCGUCGUGCACCAGAGCCACGGCGAGCGGAACUUCCACAUCUUCUACCAACUGAUCGAGGGUGCAGAAGAUGAGCUGCUCAGGAGGCUGGGACUGGAGAGAAUGGCACAGCAGUACCAGUACCUCGUCAAGGGCAGCUGUCCUAAGGUGAGCUCGAUCAACGACCGCAGUGACUGGAAGGUAGUGAGAAAAGCUCUGAGUGUCAUUGGAUUCAGCGAUGAUGAAGUGGAGGAGCUGUUGAGUAUUAUUGCCAGUGUCCUACACUUGGGGAAUGUGCAGUACAGCGGAGAAGACAGUGGCAGUUCUUAUAUUACCACAGACACCCAGAUUAAAUACAUAGCCAGGUUGUUAGGUGUGGACUUUUCAGUUCUGAAAGAGGCUCUGACACACAAGAAGAUCACUGCCAAGGGAGAGGAGUUGAUGAGCCCCCUGAAUCAGGAGCAGGCUUCCUCUGCACGAGACGCUUUAUCCAAAGCCAUUUACGGCCGCACCUUCACCUGGCUCGUCAACAAAAUCAACACCUCUCUGGCCUUCAAGGACAAGUUCAACAGUAAAAAUGCCUCUGUCAUCGGGCUGCUGGAUAUCUAUGGCUUUGAGGUGUUCCAGAACAACAGUUUUGAACAGUUCUGUAUCAACUACUGCAAUGAGAAGCUGCAGCAGCUGUUCAUUGAGCUGACACUGAAAUCAGAGCAGGAGGAGUAUGAGGCAGAGGGAAUCACGUGGGAACCUGUGCAGUAUUUCAACAACAAGAUUAUCUGUGAUCUAGUGGAGGAGAAGUUCAAAGGCAUCAUCUCCAUCUUGGAUGAAGAGUGUCUCAGGCCAGGCGAUGCCAGUGACAUCACUUUCCUGGUGAAACUGGAGGACACUGUGGGAGGCCACGCCCACUUUGUAACUCACAAGCUGGCAGAUGGGAAGACGCGGAAGGUGAUGGGGCGCGAGGAAUUUCGGCUCCUGCACUACGCAGGAGAAGUGAACUACAACGUGAACGGCUUUCUGGAUAAGAACAACGACCUUCUCUUCAGGAAUCUGAAGGAGGUCAUGUGCAGUUCUGAAAACAGGAUCCUUACGCAGUGCUUCAGCCGGGAAGAGCUCACGGACAAGAAGCUUCCAGAAACCACUGCCACCCAGUUUAAGAACAGUCUCGCCAAGCUGAUGGAAAUAUUGAUGUCGAAGGACCCAUCGUACGUGCGAUGCAUCAAACCCAACGAUGCCAAGCAAGCUGGCCGCUUCGAGGAGGUUCUGGUCAGACACCAGGUGAAGUAUCUGGGGUUGAUGGAGAACCUGCGUGUGAGGAGAGCAGGCUUCGCCUAUCGUCGCCGCUACGAGGUUUUCCUCCAGAGGUACAAGUCUCUGUGUCCGGACACCUGGCCCAGCUGGGACGGGCGCUUGGUGGAUGGAGUUUCCACACUCGUCAAGCACCUGGGCUACAAACCUGAGGAAUACAAGCUCGGCAGGACUAAAAUCUUCAUCCGUUUUCCCAAGACCUUGUUUGCAACAGAAGAGGCCUUAGAAGAACGGAAGCACAGUCUAGCAACCAAGCUUCAGGCAUCCUGGAAGGGCUAUAACCAGAAGACCAAGUACCGUAAACUCCGGCUGUCUGCUGUCCAGGUCCAGGCCUGGUGGAAGGGAAUUCUGGCCCGCAGGAGAGCACAGCGCCGAAGGCAGGCUGUCGACACCAUCCGCAGGUUCAUCAAGGGUUUUAUGUUCCGCCAUCAUCCUCGCUGCCCUGAGAACGAGUACUUCUUGGACUACGUGCGCUACACCUUCCUCAUGAAGCUUCACCGAGCUCUGCCCAAGACUGUGCUGGACAAGAGCUGGCCCACGCCCCCACCCGCCCUCACCGAGGCGUCCGAGCUCCUCCGUAAGCUGUGCAUGCAGAACCUGGUGUGGAAGUACUGCAAGACCAUCAGCCCUGAGUGGAAGCACCAGCUGGAGCAGAAGGUGGUGGCCAGCGAAGUCUUCAAAGACAAGAAAGACAACUACCCCCAGAGUGUGCCCAAGCUGUUCGUAGGCACCAGGCUCGAUGGGGAUGAUAUCAAUCCUAAAGUUCUUCAAGCACUGGGCACUGAGAAAAUGAAGUAUGCUGUUCCAGUUACUAAAUACGACAGGAAGGGCUUCAAGGCUCGAGCACGGCAGCUACUUCUGACCGCCAGCAGUGCCAUCAUAGUGGAGGAGGCCAAGCUGAAACAGCGCAUCGACUACAGUGCCCUCAAAGGCGUUUCUGUCAGCUCCCUCAGCGACGGUCUGUUUGUCCUCCACGUCACCUGUGAGGACAAUAAACAGAAGGGUGAUGCAGUGCUUCAGAGCGAUCAUGUGAUUGAGACCUUAACCAAAGUGGCAAUCUGUGCAGACAAGAUUAACAACAUUAACAUCAACCAGAGCAGCAUAAAGUUCACAUUGGGUCAAGGAAAGGAAGGGAUAAUUGACUUCACGUCUGGCUCAGAGCUGCUUGUCGCCAAAGCUAAGAAUGGACACCUCUCUGUGACGGCCCCUCGCCUCAACUCCAGAUGAUGGACUCGUCGUGACCAAUCACAUCCUGCGUCCUCGCAGGGUGAACUUCCACACGCGCUCUUCAAUUCACCAAUCACACGUUUGCAGGCGGGGCCUCACUCCAAUAAGAUGCCAGCCAGCCCCACCAAAAGCUUUUGCUUCCAGUUGUGAAAGUUCAGCAAACUAAUUGAGAUAUUUGUUUUUGGGGAGUUUAAUACUGUUGUGAUAUGAAUAUUAUGAUUUUAUAUUUUGAAGCCGAGAUAUAACAUAGGUGCAUAUUUCUUGCACACUCUACCUUUUUAUCUUGCUUUAUGUUUUGGGACAGUAAUUUGAUGUAUAAAAAGCCUCAUACAUGUUGAUAAGGAAAAUCAGGGUUAGAAAGGAGUAGCUUUGGAGUGAUCCUGUGCAGCUCAGCUUUUCCCGAGCCUGUCUGUCUGUUGUUAUGGUGUCAUUGUGGCUGGACCCAGUCUCCACCUAUGGGAGCCUGUUGGUUUUGAGGGGAGGUUCAGGGAAGAGUGCACUUGCCAGGUUCGUAGCGGGGCUGUGCUGAACACAGCUGGAUUUAUGCAGUGAUUGUUGCAUUAUGCAAUAAUCCCAGUCUACAAUGGUAAUUUAGGGCACGUGCAUAAUCUAUGUUAACAGUACUAAAAAACAAGUGCUACGAUAUCUGGAACAAAAGCCUCUGUAGCCAAGGAUUCACUGGGCCACUUAUACCAAAUAUUUUAUUUGUCACUUCUAAUUAGUGCCUUUAUGCCCCGUCGCCGUGGUGACAUUCACAAGUAAUUUUUUCUUUUCUUUUCUUUUUUUGGAGUGGGAUGACAGUUUUUAUCCCUCUGGGUACAGUAGGGUCAUUGGACCUGGUUCCUCUGCCACUGUGUUAAUCCAGGCCUGCUGAAGACCUGGGCUUCGUUAACCUAAGCAUAAGCAACUGUGGGUAGCUUUUAGAAGAAGAAAUUUCUAGAGAAGUCUCAAAAAACAAACAAAAAAAGGUCUCUGUACUCUUAGCGUUACUUAAUCUUCAUGCAUAAAUUAAAAUAAACACGACAUAUUCAAAAACAAAUUUUAUAUAGAAUUUAAUCAUGUAUGAAUGUUCUCUCUUGUUUAAUCGCACAAAUGACAUUGGAGGAAUUUAUAGUUCCCUUCUUCCUGAGAUGUUACGUUUCCGGACCGGUAAUGAGUGCUGUCGCGUGUACCCAGAACGGGCUUUAACGGGGCCACUCUUACAACGCAGCUGCGCAGAGUGCCACCUGUAAUGUACAACACAUCUAUAUUUCUACGGUUCUAAAACGACCCCCGGCCUUUUCCUAUUGCACCUAUAUACAAGCGUAGUUCACACUUUGUGAUUUGUUUUAUAACAUUUGUGUAAUUUAAUAAACUAAGAAAAUAAAAAGGUUCUUUGGAAGCAAACUGACAAUGUAUGGAAACAACAUAAAGCUGAUUCAUAAUAAAAGCUUUGUUCCUCUUCA